UCCACCUGCAAGGCUGCAACCACUAGACUGAACCCAAGAGAGAAACUGAGAAGCCGUCAAUUUCCAUUAACACCCUUUACGGUUUUCACCUGUACAACACUUUAUUCUACCAUGAAAGCUCUGAAGAGAGCUGCAGUGCUUUACCACUACCCUUGCCCAGACGGCGCAUUUGCAGCUCUCGCUGCUCAUCUCUUCUUCUCUGCUACAUCUCAUCCCGCAGUUUUCUUCCCCAACACUGUCUAUGAUCCCAUCAGGGCAGAAGAUCUUCCUGUAGAUGAAUUUAAUGAAGUUUACCUCUUAGACUUUGUGGGUCCUUCUGGUUUCGUUAGGGAUAUCUCUUCUAAAGUUGAGAGAGUUGUAAUUUUAGAUCAUCAUAAGACUGCACUUGAGAUGUUAGGUGGGAAUUCUCUUGGUAGUGAGAAUGUGAUUAAGGUAAUAGAUAUGAAGAGGAGUGGGGCCACCAUUUCUUAUGAUUACUUUAAGGAGAAGCUUGGAGAGAAUUGCAAUAAAAAUUCAGACACAGUUGGUGGGGUUGACAAUAGUGUUGAGAACAAUUUGGUACCUGAAAGUAAAAUUGAGAAGGUCAAUCGGCUCUUCAAAUAUAUUGAAGAUGGGGAUCUAUGGAGAUGGGAGCUUCCAGAUAGUAAAGCCUUCAGUAGUGGGUUGAAAGACUUGAAUAUUGAAUUCAGUGUCCGAUCAAAUCCUGCUUUGUUUGAGCAGUUGCUGGAAUUGGAUCCUCAGUCUGUAAUCAAUCAAGGCAUGACUAGCUUAUCACAGAAACAAAAGUUAAUAGAUGAAGCUCUUGAGAUGUCGUAUGAAAUUGCACUUGGUGUUGGAUUAUUUGGACAUUGCCUGGCUGUCAAUGCUGAUGCUAUUUCAGAAUUCCGGAGUGAGCUUGGGCACCAGCUAGCUAACAAGAGCCGUAGCAUAAAAUUGAGGGGCAUUGGAGCUGUUGUCUAUAAAGUUCCAGAGCUUGAAAAUGAACAGAUACUUAAAAUAAGUCUCAGGAGUGUGGAUGUAGAGGACACAACACCCAUCUCACAGGAGUAUGGAGGUGGUGGGCAUCGAAAUGCCAGUUCCUUCAUGUUGAGCACAGAUGAGUUUGAGCGGUGGAAGGUUUAAACAGCUAGCAGAACUAGUCAUCCCAUGAGUUUACUGUUUAUGUCGAGCAAAAACAAAGUGUACAAUGCUAAUAUAUUUUUUGGAGGUUGAGUGGUUUAUCCUGGAUAACCCACCAGCCACUGUUUUGAGCAGGUGAAUCACUAAUUGUGUUGGCAUUCAAUCUGGGUUUUAACUUUAAAACAUUUGGGUAACUAGCUGAGUUCAAGCUUGAAUGGGGAAGAUUUGGUCCCUGUGAAGGAGUCAGACCUGAA